CCACUCCACCUCAGUGCAUUAGAGCAGGCCCUCCUGGGGGGUGUCCUGCUGGGCUGAGGAACACACACACACACACACACACACACUAAAUCAAAUUAGAUCUUAACAAUUUACGCUACACUAGCUGACAUCAUCCCAGUGUUUCUCUUAUGUGAAUGGAGGUGAAUCAACCCCCCGCACAGCGAUGCACUUACCGAGCCCCUGUGAGUGUGGAUGUCUGACCCCGGGCCAGAUGCCCCCACGGAAGGAAACAGACACUGCUGUGGAGGAUAAUGUCACUGUUCUAAUUGCCCCAACCUCUCGACUGUAUGUUGUUCUGUGGCCUUAGUUAAAUGCCGUUAACUUUAACUUACAAGGUAUUGUUUCACUGUCUUGACUAGAAAAAUACACGUUUUCUGGUGUCUUCUCUGUAGAUCAAGGAUUUUCUGGUCGAGGGCCACGUCAAGAUUUUGAUGUGCAAAGGAGGGCAGCAUUUUUGUAUUUAUGGUUUUACGUACAAUUUAUUUGUCACAAUCAAUUUGUGGCCCAGGAAAGGGAAGUUAUUAAAACAUGUACAAGUCCCUAAUAAUUUCUACGUUUGUUUGAGAGACCUGGGGUGUUAUUUAGCAAUUGAGAUCGUUCCACUCCUAUUUGACGGUGUCCCAUUCCCCGCCCCUCCAACACCGUGGCAACAUGUGUGAUUGACAUGUAUCCGUCACCUGUCCCCUCCCUCAUCCUGUCGGCCUUUAUAAAAACCCCUCUUCUCCCUCCACACGGGUCAUUUUGUUCCACCUGAUCCCGUGAUCCCAAGACGUGAGGAUGGACUGGAGUUCUGACGACCCCCUGGAUGUGCCUCCGCUCACCCCCACCAGUAAGGAGGUCCUGAGCCAGGCACUGAGGGCCACCUUCGCUGGCUUUGCCCAGGAGAGGAACCGCUUGCACUUCCAACGAGACCCUAACAUGUGGUCGGAGUGGGAGGUGAACCACUGGUUAGACUGGUGCCAGGCCGAAUUCGGCCUCCACCUGGGCCCGGAUUUGAGGGGGCUGCCUGGAAGUGACCUCUGUGCCCUGGACAGAGAGGCCUUUCUGGAGCUGACAUUGGAUCGCACAGCAGGAGAGAUCCUCUGGGAGCAUCUGGAAACCAUGCGCAGUGAUUGUGAAUAUGAUCGUGGCUCUCUUGUGGUCCUCUGCACAUUGAAUUCUCCCUGCCAGCCGCAAAUAAACAGAGAGAAUUACUUGGAGUACACUCAGCUCACAGACAAGCAGAAUCACCAUAGCCAGUUUUCCCAUGACCCCCCUGUGGAACACCCACAGCUUCUGACCCUUGACCCUGUGAGACAUCAAGAUCAUUAUUACCAGGUGGAACCAGAAUGUUCCCACAGAAAUCCGCUGUCCUCUGUCACUUUGCUCCGGGACUUUGACAGUACAGAUUAUGACUCCGAAGCGGAGACCUUGCAUUACGGGGACACAGACGUUGCCACUUCCCUGUCCUGGACCGGACCAAUGCAGGAUUUAGACCAGGGGGCGGGAGAGUCCAUCUCUGAGAACCCGUUCAAUGUGCCACGCCCACACGGGAGUUUUAAAGAGUUUAUAGGGCUCAAGACCGACAUAGGCAGAGCAUUGGUUCCUGCUUCCAUUCUGGCUGGAUAUACUGGAAGUGGUCCCAUUCAGUUGUGGCAGUUCCUACUGGAGCUCCUGACAGACCGCAGCUGUCAAUCAUUCAUUAGCUGGACAGGGGACGGAUGGGAGUUUAAACUGACCGAUCCUGAUGAGGUGGCCCAGCUAUGGGGCCGUAGAAAGAACAAGCCCAAGAUGAACUACGAGAAGCUGAGUCGAGGGCUACGCUACUACUAUGAUAAGAACAUCAUCCAAAAGACCGCCGGCAAACGCUAUGUCUACCGCUUUGUCUGCAACCUGCAAGGCCUUCUGGGAUACGAGGCUGGGGAACUGCACGCCAUGUUGGAUAUUACAGCCAACGACGGCCAUGGGUGAAGCAGAAGGAAUUGGGUGGGUUAAUGCCCCCCCCCCCCCAACAUGUCCCCUAAAAACACUGGGGGAACCUCGUCUGGUCCUCGUUUUGAAGAGGAGGUUGAAGAGUCUAUAUUGUAGAUUCAGUCAAUGUUGCAGACGACACAAAGGACUCGGGUGUGUUUGUAACUAUACCACAAAUGUCACUGUCAUUUGGCUGGCAAUCAACGUUUUCAUCAUGAUCGCCAUAGUCAGGAUUAAGCCGUGCUGUAUGUUCAAAUGUGUACAUAUUUCAUUUGAAAUCCUGAAAUGAUCAGCAUAUUUAUAUAUUCUCAGUAUCUCAGAGAUGUUGUUUUAUUCUUUAAACAUUUCCCAUCAGUCAGUCACAUUUAUUUUAUAAAGCCCUUUUUACAUCAGCAGUUGUCACUAAGUGCUUUUACAAAAACACCCAGCCUGAAUAUUGCUCAACGGUUUUGUCAGUUUCAC